AUGCAGACGGUUCCAAGUCUCGUUGGAACCGGCACUGCCAUUGCUGCAGCCGCCAGUGGCUUGGUGUUCGGCCAACCCACUGACCUCGACCCCAACAAGCAAGCUUCAACAAGCUCCAGUCGAGGAGUACGAGCUCACAAGAGGACGAUAUCUGUCGACCGAGUAAUACCUACACAGUCUCCUUCGCCGUCGAGGACCCUGACUCUGCCCUCGCGUCGACCAGCUACCAGUUCUGCUACACCACGGUCAAUUGGUCCCGAUCUUCAUGCCGUCAGCACUUCUAUUCACCAAACGACGAGACCUCCCCUGUCCCGCCGUCAACGGCCGCAAACUUCUCAGGUCUCUCCAUCAACCGCCUCUAGUAGGAGACAAUCUUUUGUUGCGCUUGGCCAGGUGGAUUUCUACCCCGGCGUUUCCAUUGUAGAAGGCUCGAGGGAAUCCGUAUCCUCGUCCGGUUCGUGGCUGAAGCGGUUGUCGCUUCGGCCAUUGUCGCAGCACGGUAGCCCCAGGUCUAGUAUACUUGCUGAUUCGCCGUCGGUUACGAUUUCGUAUGGCUCUGCGGCUCCCAUUCUUUCGAGAUCCGGAUCUGUUUCGAAACCCAUGCCCCCGAAUAAGUUGGUGAAACGCUCGUCAUCGAGGAACCACACUGCGGAGGACUUGACACAGCGAAAAACCAGAGGACAUUUACCCAGUCUUCGCCGCCCGGCCACCAGUCACCAAAGGUCUGCAACUUUGCAACAAUUCAGGGCAGGUCUCGAUGUUGCAGGAUCAACAGCCCACCCAAAGUAUUCGUUUGAUGAGCCAAUUCGACCGGAAGAGCUACUCGGUGCGUCGCCAAUUGAAGAAUCGAGUCACUCUCCUCAGUCCACUGAGACCGCAGCAAGGUCUGGCUGGGCUUCAUUUUUUCACUCUAAAACUGCCAGUCUGAUGACGAGAUCGACCUCCCAAAACCGACUCGCUGGGAGAGGGAUUGAGGUUGAGGCGUCGUCGUCGUCCACUAAGAGUGCGAAUUCAAAGCGCAUCCAUCCUGCAAAGAGCAUGGCACCUAGCGCUGGAGCUCACCUAAUCAAACCCAGAAUGGUGUCAAAUGCAUCUACACAGAGUGACUCGUUUGCUUCGUUCCAUAUAGAGGAGGAAGCAGACUAUCAACUUGUUGGGCAGAAUGGAGAUCGCAUAAGCUCCCCGACCCCGACGGACCUUGGCUCUGAGACGGCAGCGUCAGCUCGUCCUAGAAGAUCCUUUUCUUCUACAUUUUCUCAAACAGCGAAUUGGGCCUCGAGGACAUCCGGAAGCUUGCGUCGAACUAAACGAGGUGCCAGCCAGGGCAACGGAGAUAAUAAGCGGCACGUGUCAGCGCCAGUGAGAGGCCUGCAAUCAGCUGUGGGCCACGCCGAUACAUUGACCAACGCCCCGAUCGCCCCAGUUCAGCAGGGGUCGACGCUGGAUUCAGCUGCGUCUUUGCAACGCCCAGCGCCUAAAAGAAACGCUUCCUCCCCACUGCCCCCGCUCUCCCAUCUUCCAGGUGUUCAUGCCGACUUGUCGCGAUUUAGUCCAGUUGGCGGCGUCGCCGGUCAUUCAACUCGGCAAAAUCAGCCGUCAGGAAGCUCAACGAGUUCCGCCAGCGCUGCCAUGUCGCAGCGGAGAGGCUCCCACUAUGAAAAACUAUCCGCCCUGGACAGCGUGGACAGCGAUGCACGAGAUAUGAUUUCGGGUGAUGAAGACGACACUGACUUCAAGAGCGACACUCUUUUUGACUCAUUGCGAACUAUAGGCUCUGGCCGAGUUAGAGCCGUAGAAACGCCACUUGAGUCCGUGUAUGACGAGUCUCCCCCAAGCACAGGCGGGAACAAGAGAUCAAAAAGACUAUCAAUUCAGGAGAUUCUUGACCGGACUUGGGAUGAAAACGGCAAGAUCAUGGAGGAAGACGAAUCGAGCUUGACACCGGUUCGCGUGCCACAACGGCCGACAGUGAAUCAUGUUAAGCGUGAGCUUCGAGAAGACCCUCGUUUCGGCUUGGAGACCUCAUCCAACAAUGACGUCGCCGUGGCCUCUCGAGACUUGGCUAGAUUCUCCCUCGAUGAUGACUUUGACGAGGACUGGACGAGGGAUGACGACGACGGGCCAGUUCACGCUUUGUCACCGCCUUCAAAAGGCAGUUCUCUGAAUUCAACUGGAAUCAAUCCAAACGUUCGCCUGGCUCUGGCUAACAUUGGUGGAAACUCAAAUUCUCCCGCCAAACCUCCACACUCGAUCAGCGAACGGUCCCUCGGCAAUCUAUUUGAUUGGAGUGAGCCGCCCAUCCACGAGAAACAGGACCCAACGGGCCGUCCUCUUCGGCCCAAAACAGCUUACGGAAAGCAAGAUAUCGACUCUAGAGGAGGUCGGUCUGCUGUUCGUAAGGGGCCAAUGCCCACACACGUACGGAGCCAAAGCGUACCGGUAGUCCACGACCCUCCAGGUGAAUCAAAGCCUGUUGGGUCAAAGUAUGGCACAUGGGGCCUUGGCACGAAGACUGUUAGUGAAGAUUGGGAUGAGGACUUUGAAUUUGGGGGUACUAAUGAGGGACACCUUGGAAACGACGCUGAUGAUCUUUUCGCCGUCCCCGAGUCGAUCCGAGCUUCUCAGCCUAGCGUCAAGGCUCAUUCUGGCCAGAUCCGAGAGCUGUCUCUCCUUGUUAAUGAUCUGAAACGCCUCUGCCGCCAUGCCCGCGAACUGAACAUGCUGAAUGGCGAGCAGAAGCCAUUCUGGAAAGAGGCGGAAGGCAUCAUCGCCCUGGCAUCUCCGGACGAAGACGCCGCAAAUGACGACAGUCGAUCAGAGGCAUCCAUCUAUAUGGAUGCAUUUGAAGCUGCAGACACUCCAAAGGAGGCGGAAGACAAUGAUGAUCUAGUCUUUGACAGGUUGGACGCAGUCAUUGAACGUAAUGAACCGGCUAUGUCUAAGACGGCUGUUGUUCGUGAACGGCAGUCACCACGACGCCGGUCUGUCUUCUCCCCCGAUGACGACAUUUUUGGAGCAAACUGGCCAUUGACAGAUGAGCGUCCUCGAUCUAAUCGUCCCAGUCGACCUCGUACGCCUGAAAACAGACCCCCGAAACCUCAGGAUGUGAGUGGCGUUGUCAGGUCUGUGAUGGAGUCUGUUCAACAUCGGUCGGCUGCGGCCACAAGUGAGCCGGCUGUACAAGCAUCUCGAAAGAGUUAUAAUAGCACUAAUAGGAUGCACUUUGACACCAACAGCCUGAAAGUAUUGGUCAGAAGAGCGGGAGAAUUGCGUGAUAUCCUGUCCGACCUCAUAAGAAGGGCGGAUCAGUUGACGCAAAGCCCAAUCCGAACGCCAAGACACGAGAGACGCUUGGAUUCAAGCCCUGCUUUCACAAGGGUUUUUGAUGAUCCAGGAUCCAGCCCGCCCCGACGACCGCUGAAGAGCCGUGGCAACAGCAGCACCAUCAUAGAGCGGCAGUCACCGGAGAAUUCUCCUCCAUCGAACAUGGGCCGCCGAGUCCCUUUGAUGACGGUCAAUUAG